ACCCUCCAACCCCCUUCGUCGAACGGAUGUUGUUGUGCCCGUUUUGGAUAGCGCUGCGUCCAACGGCAGCCCGAGACUGAUGGCAGUACGGUUGUACGGUACAAUCCGGUUUCCGCAGCCAGCGAGUGAUGAUAUCACCGAUCCGCGAGAGCAAGACGUACCCGCGGUGCUGUAAAAGUGGAGCUUGUUCCAAAGUUUCGACACACCGAAAAGCAUCCUAACUCACACACACACACAUCCCCCCCCCCUUCCAAAUCAUCAAAGAGAACCGUUCUAGACCAGGGAACUAGUGCGGACUUUUCAAAGUUCAAUCAGUGAUCAAUCUCAUCUAAAGUUUGCAAACAUAUUUCCCAACCCCCUCCAUGGUGGAUCCGUUGCUUUCUAUUAUAUCACCGCGAUCGGACGCGACAUACCAAUACCAGUAAGUACGCGAACACUGAGCGUCACCGUGCGGCCCGCAUCCCGCAAAUGUGUGAAGUCCACGGUUAUUAGAAGGGAAACCGUUACUGCAGUCCAGUUCUAAACCUCUCCAGUGUACAAAAAGCCAUCCAUCAUCGCGCCGUUUGACCAACGUCUAUGUUUUGCUAGUGACUUUGCGCCCGUGCUGUGAAAUCUUUCGGCGAUCGAAAUGGCAGACGAGUUCGAUGCGUGCGAAUGCUUCUGGAGUCAUGAAAUUGCUAUGAGGCGGUUGUUGUCGCUGCUGCGACAGGGACAGUCCUACUGCAACGAUAACGAGUGUACCGAUCUUCCCAGUCUUCCGAGCGCAACCGGUGGCACAAACUUUUUCCUAAUCAUCAUGGCUCUGAUUUUUGUGGCCGUCAUGUACGUGAUGAGGCCAGCGUCGAUGCGGCGAACGAACGACCUCAACAAGUCCCUACCGCCACCAUCGAACGAUGGUCCGAAUAACGACGGUGCACCACCGUCCAUAUCCUGAAAGAUCGACCACUUUCAGCUGCCAACAUGAAAAGCACAACCGGAACCGGACCUGCCACGCCGCAACAGCCGCCACCCGUGUGUACACGCACCGCUGUAGCCGUCCCGCAUCGGUCCACGGACAACCCGCAUUUUCUCCCCCACCCGGUCCCUCCGUUCCCCCCCGCCCUUCUAGACAAUUUUCCGCAUGACGUAGUACUCGCGACUGGCGCGACGGAUUGACGGGGUUCGUUUCCAUUUGGCCCACAGCCCACUACUUCUUCCAACAGCAGCACCGUACACAACCAUACGUAUAGUUCAAAUCGCAAUAUUUUGUUUCUUACAUUCUAAUGCGCGUCUUACGCGUUCGCAAAGUAAUUUCCUACCUUUCGGUCCAACCGCUCCGGCAUGCGGUUCCAAGAGGCGCAUGUGGGGUGGGUCGGCGUUGUAAGCGUAGUGAUGUGAUUGUUUUAUUUACCAAGCCUCCAGCACUUUCCUCCCAAAACCCCGCGAGUCGGUGGUUAUUGUGCAUGCAAAUGUUUGUUUUUGUUCCCCUAUUUGUCCACUUUUUGUUUAAUCCUUGUUUACACUGCAUAAUAAAACGAAUGUACAAUUCAUGCGACGCUCUUUUGCAACAUCUGUGUGCCAGGCGGCAUGGCCUAGCGUCCGUGUUCCUGGGCAUCCGCUAGUGGCGAGUAAAUGUAUUGAUCGUGCAGGAGUUCUGAUUGUAUUUACACAAUUCACACUAAGUAGUAAAAUUGAGCAGCAGCUUACGUUUUUGUCUCCCUGCAAAACAAUCUCACUCGAUCGUACAUACUCGUUCAAACUAUAAUUAUUGUCGUGCAAUUGGUACAAAGGAAAAAGACAAGCAGGAGCUAGCUAGUAGCCGGUUCCCCCCACGACCUGCACUGGCCUGGCCUAGUGAUGAAUGUUCUGUCUCAUAAUGGGAAAUAAAAUUCAAAAUCUAUAUCGCGUACUG